AUGGUUAUAGUUGAAAAUGAAAGAUGGACUAAAUUGAUCAAGGUGAAUUCCCAAUAUGGUAAGUAUCGAAAGAAGCCAUGCAAUCAUUUUGAUAAGCUCACCACCAUAUUUGGAGGCACACACGCUACAGGUGCACAUGUCCAUACUUUCUACAGUCCACUCAUUCUCAACCAAGCCCCCGCACACCAUGAAGGCACACAUGCCUCAUUUGACCUUAAUGAUGAUUUUGCUGAGUUAGGCGGUCAUGAGUUCACUCCUUCUCCUGACCCUCGUGGUAAGAAACCAAGGAGAGAGAGUUUUGCCUCCACAAUGGAUGGUGUCAUGGAGAAAAUGAGUGAGGCUUGUAGAGAGAAAACAGAUCGAAUUGAAAGGGCCAUAGUCGCUUCUUCAUCAUCUAAUAUGAAAACAGUUCAUGAAGCUGGGCAGAUAGAUAUUAGGACAAUAAUUGACUUGUAUGAUGAUGGUGAUGAGGAGAAUGAGUGUGUCAUCAUAAUGGCAUGUUGCGUUGGGGUAAUUGAUGGAACUCAUGUCCAUGCGAACGUACCUGUGGACCAGCAGAUACCAUUUCGUGGUAGGAAGGGGGAUACCACACAAAAUGUAAUGGCUGUUUGUGAUUUUGAUAUGAUGUUCACGUACGUCGUAGCAGGAUGGGAGGGGUUUGCUAAUGAUUCUAAGAUGCUGAACGAGACAAUUAAUAAUGAGGAUUUGCAUUUCCCAAUGCCUCCAAAAGGGAAAUAUUAUUUGGUGGACUUUGGGUAUGCCAAUCAACUGGGUUUCUUGGCUUCCUACAGGGGUCAACGGUACCACUUCCAAGAGUACCGUAGAGCUCAUCGGCAACCCCAAGGUAGAGAGGAAAUUUAUAAUCACAGGCACUCGUCAUUACAAAAUAUAAUUGAACGCUGUUUUGGGAUGCUUAAGAUGAGAUUCCCCAUCUUGAAACAAAUGCCCCCAUAUAAGUUUGAAGCUCAAGUUGCUAUUGUUUUAACUUGCUGCACACUUCAUAACUUUAUAAGUAAGGAGGCGCAUGUAGAUCCAAUAUUUAAUGAUGUGACUGUGGAGGUAAUGAUAGAUGAAAUUUUUGGAGAUGAUGAAGUUGAUGUUCAGCCUAAUGUGUCACAGUCUCGCUCGCGACCAAUGGAUAUUGUACGCGAUUAUAUUGCUAAUACUAUAUGGAUUUGGAUAACUUUUGCAUAUGCAGUUAUGUAUAAGAUACAGGGUGACGGGCCACCUUGUGCAUGUGGAAGGGGUCGAAUGAAUCUUUAUACGGCUGGAACUUCUAAGAAUUAUGGACGUUCAUUCUAUAGAUGUCCAGCUUGGGAGUCACAUGAUCGCGCAUUUACAUGGUUGGAUGACAUGCACCAACGUCUGCAACUGGGUGGUCAUGUGUAG